AUCUUUCAGCGGGAAAUGUUAUGUGGUCGAUCAUCGGAUGUUCCUGAAACAAAAGAGGGUAUCUUGGACAAGAAUGAUGUUGUUAAAGGCAGUGCAAUGGAUGAAACUGGACAGCGCGAUUGGGACGAAAAAUCCAGGAUCCAGGAUGAAGACGAACUGUUAGGUAGAUCAGACGAAAAUCACGACUUGUCAUAUGAAACCCAUUCUAACGAAACCGGUAGCUUUAGUGAGUUCCACACUGCAGUUGAAGGCUUUAACGAUUCGGAAGAGGGGAGUGGUGAUUUUUCUAUCAACACGAAAAAAAAUAGUUUCGUCAAAACCUCUACCGUUACAUCAGAGGAUGUCGAUCCUUUUGAGGAUGUCACUUCUGCUACCAAUGAAAUAACCGACAGAAAAGCAAUUUCACCGAUUGAAUGGGACAGAGUUUCUGAUGAAGAAAGCGAGAAUAGAGACGAACUUCAUGCCGACGUCCCAGGUGAUGAGUUUUCUAAAGAGGAAGAAGCCCAAAACUCAGUUCGGUUUUCUGGUGUCAGAGGGCAUACCUGCACAAGUGAAAGAGGAAACCACAUUGAUUCGCGUCUUUUCCGUUCUACAAAGUAUUUUCUUAUCAAGAGCAAUAAUUUUGAGAAUAUCGAAAUAGCGAAGUCUCGGAAUGUAUGGGCUACGACAAAGGGCAAUGAGACAAGACUGAAUAAAGCAUUUUUUGACUACAACAAUGUUUUGCUCAUAUUUUCUGUGCGUGAGAGUGGUAGAUUUCAAGGAUUUGCGCGCAUUAUCGCCUCGUCAGACCCUCGGAUCAAGGUUGACUGGGUGUUAUCUUCACGUAUGAAUACAGGUCUCCUGAGUAAUCCUUUUCGAAUUAAAUGGAUAUCCAAGUCUGACCUCCCUUUCACAAAGACUGGGCAUCUCUUGAAUGCAUGGAAUGAAGACAAACCUGUGAAAAUCGGGAGAGAUGGUCAGGAAAUCGAACCUACAUGUGGCGAGGCACUAUGCCGGUGUUUCGGUAAAGAUGAACUUGGGGAAGAACAGAAACAGCCGAACACAGUUCAAGCUAUUGGCGAAAGAAUCAGUCGUAGAAACGCAUUUGAGAGACUUGGAAAAAUCGUUGGUCGCCAUGGUCAAACGAGUCAUAAUGGUUCUCGUGUUGUUGGGUUGAGCAAUCAAGACAACACUGGACUGUUGGGGGAUGCUACUGGGACAAACCAACGAUAUAUGGCAUCUACUGAACGAAGGAGCUUGAUGAAUUACCCUUCUAUAACACCUUUGAUCAACAACGAUGGUUCGCGGCUAACCUCAACGGGAACUACACCACUAUUGCAAGUAAACGCAGCUGCCGCUGCAAUGGCAGCAGCUGCAGCUAUGGCUGCAAUCAAAUCAUCUGGACCACAGUCAAUAGGUGCUUUUGCCCGAAGUGGAGCGAACACUCUCAAUCCCACAAUGAACUCCAGACUGCCCAUACAACCACCUAAUUUCCCUAACAUAUUCUCAGCCUUCCCAAAUUCAGGCGGUUCUUUCUCACGUUUGAAUGUAUCUAGUUCCUCUAACGCAACCCUGCUUCCGUUUUUACAACAACAGCAACUUCGUAUAUCUGGAUCAGCGGCGAAUGCCGCCGCAGGUGCUGUUCUUUCACAAGCAAUACAACAAGCUCGUAGCCUAUCCAAUCCUAAUGUGAUAAGUCGACCAGGAAUACCACUCAAUCCUGUGGCAAACAGUGUGCCUGUAAAAUCUCAUGCCGAAAGAAGUCGUUCGCGUUCUGCUAGCGACAGCACAGCUUACAGUUAUGCUCGUGAACGUAAUCCAAGGCAUCGGAGAACUGACGGUUAUGUAGAAGAAGAGUCUUCACGAUUUGAAACAAUUCGACGGAAGUCACAUUCCCCGAGGAGGCGUGAAAUAACAUCAAGGCAUGGAAAUUAUGAAAGACCUCGCGGGCAUAGAUCUCGUAGUCGAUCCAGUUCUCUCCCUAUUGAUCGUAAUUUAUUGAUGACUUGGGACUAUGACGACUAUGUUCAACAAGUUAGUCGCGGUAUGCGACCAAAUAUGUAUGGUGACUUGGGAAGUCGAGUUGCCGGUUCAAGUGCUUAUUUACAAAUUCCCCAAAGUCAUGAAAAUGAUCUGAAAUAUGAAGAAAAAGUAGAUGCGUUUUUACGUGGUAUUGGAUCACGUCCAAAAGUUUCAGGACAUGAUCACCACUACUCACGCAGUCCUAGCCGUAGCUGUUCAUAUAGUCCACCUCCACCUCAUCCCCACAACCGUCGUCGUGAAUAUUGCAGGGGUUCAUCAUCCUACUCCAGAUCCAGGUCUCCUUCCUGUCCAAGCAUACUUUUAUCUAAGGUUCGACGUGGAGAGAUAGAUCCUGAUGCUUAUCGUCACCGCCCACCAUCUCAAUAUUUAUCUCCCCGUAGGAGAGACCAUACAUGUUCUCACAGCCGCUCUCCUGCAAGCUUCGGUCGUGAACUUCCAGCACAAUGGAGAAAGCCUCCACAGGCUUCUGUAGCUCAUUCAACUGGAAAUAGACAACGACACCAGCAAAUAGAGGGGCGAGUUCCUUCACACCAAGCACGAUCCCCUCGUGUUGUCUCAAGUGGAGGGUCACGAACGUACACUACAAGCAGUCGUCAUCACAAAUAGCUGGUUGAUGUAGACUACGACUCAUACCAGGUAGCUUUUCAGUCUCCACAUGUACUUAUCUGUCGCAUGCAAUCUCAGUACUGCCCACUUCAACGUUGAUUGAGAAUAAUGACUAACCUGAAGUGAAAUGUAAUAAAGCGAAUUUUAAAUUCAUUCACAUUUACAAGUAAAGUACAGUAUUGAUUAUUCUGAUCACGUUGACCGUUCUGAUAUCAAACAGAUUAAUAUAUCAUCAGUGAGGGGGAGGUAUUGUGUUUUACAGUAUUGAAUUUUUCAACCACUUACCACUAAUUUGUAGUGACCUUAAGAACAGUUGAGAGCAAAUCCACCAUUCCUGUCGAUUUUGAGCUGUCACUUUAUGUAACAGUUGAUCGGAAUUAUUCCCUUCAUUUCCAUCAGCUACUUUACCUACCCUUUGUCAUUGACUUCAUAGAAUGAUGCAACGUUUUAGCUUGGCCACUAGUAGCUUCCUUGCCAUCUAUGAUUGCAAACGAGUAUUCGUUUUCUGUGUAAUGCAUGUAUCAGCCAGCUCAGUGGAUGAGAAUGUACAGCCUCAUCAACCAGUUCGGCAUUUUAUUUUAGAACCUUACGUUUAACCGCAACAUAAUUUACUGAGUUAUUUCGCCA